AUGAGCGCGGCGCGGCGGUUGCCGCCGGCGGCGCGACGGUUGGGCGGGCUGAGGCGAGAGCCCGGCAUGGAGCGGGCAGGGGGCGCCGCGGCGCAGGAAGAGCGAAGGCGACGACUGCAGGAGUACCUGGCAGCCAAAGGAAAGCUAAAAUGCUCGGGUACAAAACCCUAUUUAAAGGACCGGACUAAUCACCCCAAUCCACUCCUGAAACCACUUGCUAAACCAGAGCACGUGGCCAGGAGCAAGGAGGACGUUGUCGCAAGCGUGGCCAAGGGUGCACGCAGGGAUGACAGGCCUGGUGUCCGAAGCACCCAGCGCGCUGGCCUCGGCCCGCAGCAGAGGCCCUCAAAGCCACCCCAGAGAGCGGCGGCACCUUCAGGGCAGCUUCGGAAGAGCACCCAGCCAUCCAGCACAAACCCCUCCGCGCGGCCCAGAGGGAAGCUGCCAGCAUCCACCUCUCCUCAGCUGAGCGCAGGAAGGACCGAGGAAGCGGCCAAGGAGGCUGGCGCUGCUGUCCCCCUGCCCGGGGCACCUCGCUCCCUGAGCGAGGGCCUGCAGGAAAGGCUGCUCUGCAACAAGGAGAACAUCCCAGGAGAAGCCCCGUCGGAGCCCGCAUCGAGCGGCACAUUCGAGCCUGAUGGAAACGGUCACAGGAGAGCGGUGGCUCACGGACCAACCUCCACCACAGCACCCAGAGCCAGCCAGGGCCCAAAAGACAGAGCUAACAGUCACCAGAAGAGGGAGGGGCUGAUUCAGCACCAGCUUGGGAAAUCGCUGCCAGGCACAAAGGAGGCAUCUCAAAAACAGAGCAGCAAAACGCGGGCGUCGCAACCCGCUCCGUUCCAAACCCUCUCUAGGGCUUGGCUACAUAAAAAAACAGGAGCAAAACCCGAGAGCGUUAACACAGCAAGGCUGCCCCUAGGAAAAGCAGCUGGCACGCUUCCAGCAGGGAAUUUUAAGCACCAUAGUGGAGCUCCCCAGCUGAAACGAUCUCCUGCAAGACCUCCGGCCUCCAGCAGGCUCCAAGGGGCCGCGAAACUGGGGUGCACAAAGAGAUGCAGCCCCAGGCUGGCUGGCGCCGGGCAGCGGCCCGCGGCCAGAGGGGAGCCAGGUGGGAAGGACACAAAGACAGCGCCUCGGGGACACGCAGUGACAGCCCGAGCGAUGGGACCCGCAGCCACCGCUCGCAGCGCCCUCGGCUCCAAAACUCGGCCGCUUGAGAGGGAUGUUAAGACUAGGAAAGAAAGGCUUCAAGGCCCCGUGCUGGCACCGGCCAGCGUGCAGGCGAAGCGCGUGCCCAAGACCCCGACGCCAGAGGAUCGGAAGAAGCAGCUGCAGGAGUGGUUGGCGUCCAAAGGGAAGUCAUACAAGCGGCCCCCUAUGACGCUGCCUCCGAAAAAGCCAGUGAAAGACAAGCUGAUCUCCAGGAGCAGCGUCAAGGAGGAAAAAAAGGAGAGACCAGAGCAGUCCUGCUCGGACAGGAUCAAUAGCAUCUUAACCGACUACCUGAAGCUCAUUGAGGAGGGUGUCCCUUCCGAGGAGCUCCUGGAGAUGCUGGCCCGCGUCCCCCACGCCGAGACGUUCGCCAAGUUCUGGAUCUGCAAAGCGAAGCUGCUGGCCCGCGCGGGCCCCUUUGACGCCACGGGCUUGUACCGGGACGCGGUGUGCGCCGGGGCCGUGCCGCUGCAGGAGCUCAGGGACUUCAUCCUCCAUAUUCUAAAGAGCACGGAGAGGCCACAGGAAGGGGAACAGUCUGAGGCGCCUGUUGUUUGUGAGGCCGCGACACCGUGUCCGGGCGAGGGGCCGCACGCGGCAGAGACUCCCAGCCUGACAGGAAAGCACCCACCCAGCCUGCCCGGCUCCGCAAUCAAGUUACAGAUUCUCUCCAUUCCCAGGCCCAAGGAGUGGCCACAAGGGCAAGAGCUGAAGUUCUUGACGCCCGUGCGGCGCUCGCAGCGCGUAGAGUGGGCCGGGAGCCGCUACCCACCCAUGCUGAAGGACCACGACACCGUGGUGUCGUCCCUCGAGGAAAUCCUCGAUGGCGAAGAGGAGAGCGAGCUCUUUUUUCGGAAAAACGAGGCCUUGCCGGAGGUGACGGAGACGGAGAUUUUGGCUUUGUAGCCCUCCGAGUGUUGCUGGGCCUGGCAGCCUGUUGGCUCUCCCAUAGUGCCUGUAGCCUCACACUUAUUUCUCUCACUUCUCUCGUUGCCCCUCAGACAGGUGUAAAUGCACGGUGGGUGACAUGUAAUUAACCCUUUCUGCUCUUUUUAUAUAUAUAUGUAUAUUUAUGUAAACUUGCAGCGGAGAUGCAGCGUGACGUGUCGCGUAGCACGUUUAGCCUCGUGGC